AUGGCACCAAGACAGCGAACUAGAAGGCUUCUUAGCAGUCAUGCCCCCGCCAAUCCAGCAAUCAAACGAGUAAAGUUCAUCACAGUUGACCCCAGACCCAAACCCCUCAAACCAGCCAAGGCCACUAAAUCUCCUACACUAACUAAGCUGACCAAAGUAACCAAAGCAACAAAGGCAACUAACCCUCUUAGUCAACCAGACACACUCACGCACGCUGAGCUUACUAACCCAGCUAUCCCCGCUCGCCCAAUUCAAGCACCCCCGCCUACUUCCCUUCAAACAUUGCCUUUCCAAUCCGCUAUCCCUUCGUUUCUUAAGCGCUCACUUACUAUAUGGGCGACAAAAGAGGCCUUUGCUCACGAAAUGCUCUGGUGGGAGCUGCAUGCUCAAACCCAAGAGACCUUUAUUGCCACAAAUGCCGGCUAUGUUCCUUUCCGCUCCCUUGAGUCUACUUUAGCUAAUAAUCCCGCGGAGUAUUCACCUGAGCACUCACCGGCUUGUUUACCACCUAUUCCGCAUUCACCACAACUCAGCCCGCCCGCUCUAACUCUACAGGAGCGUCUGCAGCUAACAACCCCCGAGCUAGAAGUAGAGAUUCCCACCAUCCCUUUUACCCAGCGCCGAUGCCAAACACGCGGUCAGCCAACCUUUACUGGACUGCGCAACAUAUCAGCCAAUGCUGCUCAGGUCUACCAUCACAAGAAGCACCAAGCCGUCUCCGACAAUGACCUUCUUCUACUCCUCGGCGAACUACUAUGCAAUAGCACGGACUAA